ACAAAACCCCAGAAGCCCAAAACCCACUAUUCUUUCACCUAAAUUCCCAAUCUCCGUUAACCAAGUCGCUUCCCUGUAUGUCUCUCCGGCGUAUUUUUUUAGCUGGAAAAAGUUUAUCUUCUUGACCCUCACCGGUAACCCCUCUUCUUCUCUCCGGGAAAACCAUUUAGUAUUUGGUACUUGGAUGCGCGUUUUUGUCUCUGUUUCUGGAUACCUUACAAUGCCGUGUGUACUGCUACGAAGUUGUGUUCGUGACAAAACAGUGGGAUUUCUUGAUCUGCUGCAGGUUUGAGCUGUUGAGAAGAGCGGCCUUUGUGGGUAAUCCUGUUCUGUUCGAGGAAAUGUGAGGAGAUUUCUCAGUUCGAUGAUGGUGGCUGCCAUUUCUGAAGCAGCGUCAAACAACCCACAAAACCCCAAAGCCCCCUCCCAUGGCGAGACCCUUCGAAACCCAAGAAGAACCCCUUUUUUAGAUAACGGGGUUGGUCCUAGAAAACCCAAAUCCAGAGAAGUGCCCUCCAGGUACUUGUCCCCUUCGCCAUCUACCUCAACUUCGUCAUCUUCUUCAUCUUCCAGAAGAUGUUCAUCUCCGCUGGUUUCUAGAACGACAAACACGACUUUUGUAUCGACGCCAUUCCCGGCAUCCACAUCGGCUUCUUCAGCUCUCAAGCGCUCCCAAUCGGCUGACCGGAGGCGGCCUGCGACUUCUAGACCCACCAGACCUCUGCCAGAGUCAAGAAUCUGCAAUGGCAGUGAGAUAUCGGCAGCUACGAAGCUUCUGUUCACUUCAACGAGGAGUUUGUCGGUGUCGUUUCAAGGAGAAGCAUUUUCGCUUCCGAUUAGCAAAACUAAGGCAGCUCCGCCCCCAAAUUUGAGUAGAAAGAGCACCCCGGAACGGCGGAGGAUCAUCCCGUUGAGGGGGAAGGUUGACGGUGGAGGUGGAGAUCAGGUGGAGAACUCAAAGCCGAAUGAUCAUCGGUGGCCAGGUAAGACUCGGCCUGCAAAUCCAUUGUCUAUGAGUUUAGAUUGCACGGGUGAUAAAAAGAAACUGAUUGGAUCCGGAGUGGGGGUUCGGGCAUUGAAGCAAUCAUUGAUUGAUGAAACUAGAAGGGCAUCUUUUGAUGGUAGAAUGGGCCUAGAUUUGGGCAAUGCUGAAUUGUUGAAGGGGUUUCACCCUGCAUCGGAUACUAACUCUGUGCCUUCUGAUAUCACUGCCUCGGAUAGUGACAGUGUUUCCUCUGGCAGCACAUCAGGUGUGCAAGAAUGUAAUGGGGUUGGGCAAGGGCGAAGUAUGCCCCGGGGCAUUGUUGUUUCAGCAAGAUUUUGGCAGGAGACAAACAGCCGGUUGCGGCGGCUGCAGGACCCUGGUUCUCCAUUGUCAACAAGCCCUGCAUCAAGAAUGGCAGCUCCCCCAAGGUUCUUGCUGUCAAAGAAGUUUCCAAGUGAUGGCGCAUUGCCAUCUCCCAGAGCAAUGUUGUCUCCUGCGCAGGGAGUCGCCAGGCCUGCAUCACCAAGCAAAAUCUCAUCUUUGGCAUUGUCACCAUCUAGAGGAAUUCCCAGUCCGUCUAGGGCCAGAAAUGCAGCUUCCAGUGCUUUGAGUAGUAAUUCUGGCAGUGCACCUUCCGUUUUUAGUUUUCCUGUUGAUGUUCGGAGAGGGAAGAUGGGCGACAAUCGUAUCAUAGAUGCACACCUGUUGAGGCUCUUGUAUAACCGGCACUUGCAAUGGCAUUUUGUGAACGCAAGAGCGGAAGCUGCAACAUUUAUGCAGAAACUGAGUAUGGAGAAAAGCUUGUGGAAUGCAUCAAUAACUAUCUCAGAUCUGCGCAAGUCUGUCAGAGGCAAAAGAAUUGAGUUACAAUUGCUGAAACAAAAAUUAAAGCUAACUUCCAUCCUCAAGGGGCAAAUGACCUAUCUGGAAGAAUGGGCACUUGUAGAUAGAGAAAACUCCAUUUAUUUGAUGGGAGCAAUUGAAGCUUUGGAGGCUAGUACUCUCCGCCUUCCCAUUGUUGGAGGAGCAAUAGCUGACAUCCAAAGUAUGAAGGAAGCUGUUGGCUCUGCAGUUGAUGUAAUGAAGACAAUGGCAUCCUCAAUAUGCUCUCUUUUGUCAAAGGUGGAGGAAGCCAACUCUCUUGCAACUGAACUUGCAAAUGUGACUGCCAAGGAACAGGCUUUACUUAACCAGUGCAAAGAUUUUUUAUUGAGUUUAGCAGCCAUGCAGGUUAAGGACUGUAGUUUAAGAGCACAUACAUUACAACUAAAUCGUGGCGUACCAACACCCUGACGAAACGUAUGUAAAACUGAUCUUACUUUGACUGCCUACUCAAAAUGCUAACAUCACAUGCAACCUUUUUUUUUCCAACUUGGUGGAGGCAGCUCCGGAGGUAUAUGAGUGUGAUUGAAGUGCCUAGCUUUUGAUCCUGAUUCGGCAUUUUUGAAGCCAUUGACAUCUUUCUAUGAUUGUAGCUCAUGUUUUUAUUCCAAUAUUACAUAAAAUGGCCUGUUACUCCUAAUUUGCCGUGUACAAGAACACCCUAGUUUUAUUUUUUAUUUUUUAUUUUGAGGUAGAAAGAAAUCGAUUCAUAUGUAUAUAUGUAUAUUAACCUGAUGACAAUUGUUCAGUUGUUCCCAGCCAAGUUCUUAAAUUUUUUUCAGUUUUACAAA